AUGGCAUCGAAGGAGUCGUCCAUGUCGUCCUUGGCUCUUGGCCUCCCGGCCGUGUCCUACACGACUUCGCAGACUGAAGGUUUGGGCGAGGUCCUUGCUGAGCGAGCGGGGUCCGACGCCAUUCCCGCGACGACAGGUGACGAGAAGAUCCUAGCGAUCUCGCAUGGGCUGUCGGAAGUUGACGUCCUACUGGAGGACGAGGAGGAGAAGUCUGAUCCCCAUCUUUGA